ACGUUUCCUCUGAGUCUCCGACCUUAGUUCUUACUUCUUACAACAGCACUAGCACGGCACGGGCAAUAUGCUUGCAUCGAGUUCAAACACUGCCUCGUCGGUUAAUACUGCUUCUGUCUGGCGAGGAAAGGGCCUAUGGGGGGCGGUUGUGGUUGUUUUCGCCACGCUUCUGGCUCCUGUAGUGGCAGCUGUCCUUGUUUACCAUCUGGACUCCUUUGACCCGUCUCCUAUACCCCUCCAAGAGUUGUCUUCGGUGGCGCCCGUCGCCGCCUCGAUGGUGAACGAUCACAUGCUGGAAGGAGCAGAGUUUUUGGGUAAGGGGCAGCUGGAGGGACCGGAAGAUAUUGCAUAUGAUGCCAAGUCGCAGGUCAUCUACACGGGAUGUCGAGACGGGUGGAUCAAGCGAGUCACGGUGAACGAGUCAUCAGCUGAGGCGCAGGUCCAGAACUUUGUGAAUACCGGCGGCAGUCCACUCGGACUCGUUUUCGGACACAACAAUGAACUUAUUGUCGCCGAUGCUUCUAAGGGGCUUCUGAACAUUAGUGAAGGUGGGGCUGUGGAGCUAUUAACGGAUGGUGCAGAGGAUCUAAAGUUCAAAUUAACAGAUGCCGUGGAUGUAGCAGAAGAUGGCAUUAUAUAUUUUACUGAUGCUUCUUACAAAUAUGACGUUCAUCAUGCUGUGUGGGAUUUUUUGGAAGGUAGACCCUAUGGUCGAUUGUGUAGUUAUAACCCUGUUACAAAAGAGACCAAGGUGUUGGUCCGUGAUCUCUAUUUUGCCAAUGGAGUUGCAGUUUCACCAGAUCAAAACUAUGUCAUUUUGUGUGAAACCCCAAGAAGAAGAUGCAGAAAAAUUAACAUACAGGGAGAGAAGAAGGGAGAAAUAGAGACAUUUGUAGAUGAUUUACCUGGCUAUCCUGAUAAUAUUCAUUAUGAUGGAGAAGGCCACUAUUGGAUUGCAUUUCCUUGGGGAAUUGCGAAAGGUUGGGAGAUGGCAUACAGAUAUCCAUUCAUCAGGAAGAUUAGAGCACUACUGGUGAAGUACGUCGGAAGACCAAAUAUGGAGAAAAAUGCUGGUGUCUUCGUUGUCGAUUUGGAGGGCAAACCAGUUGCUCACUACUAUGAACCUGAAUUGUCCAUGAUUACAAGUGGGAUCAAGAUUCAAAAUUAUCUCUACUGUGGAUCUAUCAAGUACCAGUUCAUAAUUCGCAAUAAUCUGGACCAGUAUCCUGCUCAUCAUUCCUCUUACAAAUGAAAGCAGUCAUAAGUAGAACU